AUGAGGGAUUCAUUAUCAUGUUCAUGUUCUCAGUCUUAUGUAAAAACAUAUAUGGUAAAGGAUAAGAUCGCAGUGCUGAAAGAGUCAAUCAUCGAUGAUUUUUCCUUAUUGAUGUUCAAAAGUUUAGAUGAUUUACAGGACGAGCUAAAAGCUGUCAAAGCAAAGGAAGAAGCCGAAGAGAAACGGCGUAGAUAUGAAGAAAAUGUACGGUUGGGCUUGAUUAAGAAGAAAGGCCGGAAAAGCAAGGCCCAAUUAGAAAAAGAGCGAAAACUGGAGAGGAGGCGUUUGCGACGGGAGAAAAAAGAACAGCGACGAAGAGAUCGUAGGGAACGCCGAGAACGUGAAGCACGAGAAGGAACCAGCGUUGACAGUGAGGAGCGGCGGCUACGGAGGGAAAGAAAGCGUGAGCGCAAGGAACGACGUGAACGUGAAUUGAUUGGUGAUGAUAAAUUGGAAAAAAAGGAACGGAAGCGGAAACUGAAGGAUCCGAAUGCUGCCAAAAAGCCAGCCAGACAUCCGGGUGAAGAAGGUGGGGGAGUAGAGGGGAUGGAUCGAAUUUCCCCUCUUCCUUGCCCAGCAUAUCCACCUCCACAUCUUAAAUCCUGUAUGUUGCUGCUGCUGCUGCUGCUGCUGCAAGUACUUGUUGGUGCCACCGCCGCUUUGCCGGGCCGGCCAAAGGAGCCGCAGUGA